ACCUCGCCCUCUGUCUCCGCUCUCUCUCUCACGGGUUCUGUCCCCCCUCCCCUCCUCUCGUUUUUUAUUUCGGUUUGUUUUGCGCAAUUGCCCCCCUCCAGUCGAGGGCCUGGGCUGAACGAGCGCCUGCGUUUACUUCAGGAAGGAGGGAAGGCAAAAGAUAUAAAGGGGAGGGGAGAGGGUUGUUUUUGCAAACCGCCCAAUUCCCACCCACUUCCUUAAUCUUGUUGCAAAUUUUUUUUCCCCCAGCAAUUUAAAAUUCCCUUUUUAAAGCUCCCUGUGUGAUUUGAAUUAUAAAUACAUUUCGCAGUCUGUAAGGCUGUUAUUUGCGGAGCCGCGGAGUCCCCGGGGAGGGGGAAGAAGGGGUUUUAAUUAUUUUUUUUUGAAGCAUUAAAACGAGCGUACAGGGAUUUUUUAGGAUUGGAAAUGGCUGUUCCUAGGAGCGAGGCUACACCAGUGUAAUCCGGAGCAGAGGCGGAGAGGGUGGGAUCGAGAUGGGGGCCUUCCUGGACCGCCCGAAGACGGAGAAGCUGAACGAGCGCGGGGAGGGGAACGGACUGCGCUACGGGCUGUGCAGUAUGCAGGGCUGGCGAGUGGACAUGGAGGAUGCCCACUCGGCCAUGCCCGAGCUGGGCGACCGGCUGAAGAACUGGUCCUUCUUCGCCAUCUACGACGGGCACGCGGGCUCGGGCGUGGCCCGCUACUGCGCCCAGCACCUCCUGCACCACAUCACCGGCAGCCGCGAGUUCACAGGGCUGUUGGAGGGGCGCCUGGACACGCCGGCUGCAGUGGAGAGCGUGCGCCGCGCCAUCCGCACCGGCUUCCUGAACAUCGACGAGCGGAUGCGCAGCGACUCGGCGCUGGCCGACAACGACAUGGACCGGAGCGGCUCCACAGCGGUGGCCCUGCUGGUCUCCCCCACCCACGUCUACCUCAUCAACUGCGGGGACUCGAGGGGCGUGCUACAGCGGGGCAGCUCCGAGCACUUCUGCACCGAGGACCACAAGCCCUGUAACCCGCGCGAGAAGGAGAGGAUCCAGCGGGCGGGGGGCAGCGUCAUGGUGCAGCGCGUGAACGGCUCGCUGGCCGUCUCCCGUGCCCUGGGCGACUACGACUACAAGUGCGUCGACGGCAAGGGCCCCACCGAGCAGCUGGUGUCGCCCGAGCCGGAGGUGAUGGUGAUCGAGCGCUCCCCGCAGGACGAGUUCGCCGUGUUGGCCUGCGACGGCAUCUGGGACGUCAUGACCAACGAGGAGCUGUGCGCCUUCGUCCGGUCGCGGCUCGAGAUCACCGACAACCUGGAGCUCAUCUGUAACAUGGUGGCGGACACCUGCCUGUACAAGGGGAGCCGCGAUAACAUGAGCAUCGAGCUGGUCUGCUUCGAGAAUGCACCCAGGCCCUCGGAGGAGGCCAAACGGAGGGAAGCCGAGCUCGACGCCUACCUGGAGGCACGGGUCAAAGAGCUGGUGACCAACGCCGGGCCGGAUGGGCCGCCGGGAAUGCUGGACGUCAUGCACACCAUGCUCAUCGAGAAUAUUCCCAACCUGCCCCCAGGAGGGGGGCUCACCAGCAAGCGGAGCGUCAUUGAAUCUGUCUACAACCAGCUGGUCCCGGAGCAGGCCGAUCAGGAGCUGGAAGAUGCAGGCGGCUCGUUGUAACGGGCGGUGCCGGUGGAUUGGCGUGGGAGGCGCCCGACAGUCUCAGCCCGGAUCUCGAGGAGACGCGUGUGUGCGUGUGCGUGUGUGUAGAAGAGAAUCCCACGCCAUAUUUAUGAAGCGUCUCCCCUUCGCCGGUCACCCCUGUGAUAGCCCCUUUCGCAUCAUCGCUGUUCGCCUCUGCUCGUUCCUCAAGUCACCUCCCCCCCUCCCCGAGUCCACCACCCCCAGCCCCCGCUCCCCACCCUCCCAUCCGAUGGAAUUCCACUCACGUUGGACCCUCCGGGGCUGUGCGAAGGGCUUUUCGCUUAAUAAUUGUUUACCUAGUUUUUAAAGAAAAACUUUCGGCCCUGACCUGUACUGCACUAACUCUUGCACAGUGUUAACACCCCGACGGUGGGGUCCGGGCUGGCGCUUGGCGGGGGGGCGGGGGGGGGAGUCACCGC